AUGGCUUCAAACAUCAUGGCGACGAUAUCUCGACGUGAUCUCAAAGACGAUGGCCCAACGGCAACGAUUACCGACGUUAAACACUUGGCAUCCUACAGCUGGAUUGAAUCAUCCACACCCACUAUUGCUGUGCCAGGCAUCCCGCCAAAGUGGUGCCCUCCUGCGGUUGCCCGGCGGCUUCCCAAGGAUUCCGUGCGCUGUACAUCGUGGAGCCGAAAUUUGACAUCGGCGCUAUCGAUCUCCCGAAAUGGGCUCGAAGCAUUCACCAUCAACGUCGAGGUAUCAGGCAGCACCGUGAUCUUCUGCCGGACCGAGACAAAGACUAAGGAAAUCAUCGCACCGUAUGAGUUCAAGGGCUUUGGCCACGAGUUCGAGAAGGCCUACACGACUUCCGCUAUUAGCGGCAAUACCGGCCACCACCGGAUCGUCUCAUACCGCUUCGGCGGCCUGAGCUUCAUCGUUCGCCAUGAACAUUUUGGGUUCUUUGUCUCUAUCCACGACCGGCGAGUCCGAUCUUCCUAUCAAGGCCACCCACAAGCACACUGGUUCCAGACUGGUGAUUCGAGAACAGGGUCACGACGUGCCGAUUGA